GGAGUCGCCGACACCGUUUGUCUGCUUGGGGCUGCCCCUUGGAACUGAGCAUGCACAGAGUGCUAUUUCUCAAAAAGACUUUCCCUUGGUGAAGCUCGCCGUUCUUUUAUUGGCCUAAGAUUUAAAUCCGAGGCAUCUGAUUUUUGCAAAGCAGUGAAAUACUUUGGUCCCGUGAAUAUCUCAUGUGCAACCUUGGAUUUGAACGCAGGACUGCAGCUUAAGGCUGCGCUUAACUCCUGUACCGAAAUCCUAAACUUCUUUAUCACCGUUAACAUUUGGAGAUUUGGGGCUUUUGUCAUGACUUCCAUCUCUGGAAAAAUCAUUGGAAUCAAAGCCAACUUUAUAUACUGCUUUUAAUUCCCCUGGUGGAAAGGCCUUUUAAAAAUCCUUCUUGCCCAUUCUUGCAAUAUCUUGAAGGCAUAAUAGCAUUAUUAAAACCUAACCAAACCAUGGAAGAAGCCAGCACUGUGGAAGAAGGGGAAGUGACCUCGGGAAUGCAAUCCUUGGCAGUAGAAGAUGGGCCUGCUCCGGAUUUAGCUUCUGCCACUGAGGAACAAGAGGACACUGCCAAAGAAACAGAGGGGGAAUUAUCAGGGAAGGGGGAGGAAUCUGCUGAAGAGGAUUGGUGUGUCCCCUGCAGCGACGAGGAGCUGGAUUCUCCAGAUAACUGGAUGCCUGAACCUGAGGAGAUCCACCGUUUAUAUGAGCUCAUUGCUGAGCACGGGUCUCUGGAGAUUCAGGCCGAAAUCCUCCCUCGGCGCAACCCAACCCCAGAGCCUGACAGUGAAGAUGAAGAUAAAUCUGAUGGACAAUCUGAAUACCAGGAAGAAGAGGAGGAGGAGAAGCCUCAUAUACCUACCGAGUUUGACUUUGAUGAUGAGCCUUCCUCUCCCAAAAGCUCCCUGGUUGAUCGACGGAGAACUCCUGGGACGUUAGCUAAGAGUCAGAAAAGAGAAGCCCGCCUGGACAAGGUGCUGUCAGACAUGAAGCGCCAUAAAGUGCUGGAGGAGCAAAUUAUGAAGACCGGGUGUGACCUCUUUGACCUUGAUUCAGAUGAUGUACCCACUCCAAAACGACCCUCCGGUCUCUUCCUUCGUCAGCGCAAAUACUGACGGUAAUGAAGAAGAUAAGCCGAGAGAGGAAGAUGGAGUGGAACUAUGGGGGCAGAUACGAGGGGAGCGAACUCCUGCAUAAACCCUGGACCUUGACACUGAUCCUGUAUGGCUUGCUGGAGGUACUUGCUUUCAAUUUUUAAGGUGUAAUAAAGCUCUGUGAGUAUGACUU